AUGGCUGGCUCGAAGCGCAACAGGUUCAAGAAGGCCUUCUCUCUCAAGGCCCCCGCCUCCGCCCCCGCCACGCCCCCCGAGCCCGCCGUAGACGACGAUGACAACCUCGUGGACGACCUUCUGGCCGAGCUCGACUCGCGCGACAAAGCAGUGCCCCCCGCCGUCCACAGCGACACCGCCGUCGACAAGAUCGCCGAGACGCCCCCGCCCGCACAGAAGCAGGACAGUCGUUCGCGGCACAAGGCACGCCAGGUGCGCCGGCUCGCUGCGCUCGUCGUCCACAGUGUCCCUGACCUGAUCAUCCAUGCGCGCAUACAGGCGCGCAGGGCCGCUGCGCUCGCCGAGCAGUAUGCCCCGUCUAACCCCGAGGCGGACGCACGCUUGCAGAAGGAGGCUCAAGAGGAGGAGAAGACGAUCAAGCGCAUAUGCGACGAGUUGGGGCUGGAGAUGUACGAGAUCACACCGGAUGGCCACUGUCUCUUCUCAGCCGUCGCCGACCAGCUUGCCACUCUCAAAAUCCUUCCCGCCGGUCAGGCUACCUACACCACCUGCCGACACGCCGCCGCCGACUACAUCCACAACCACCCAGACGACUUCCUCCCCUUCCUGCCCUCGGUCGAUGGCGAAGACGCCGCCGGCGCAACGUCCGACACUGGCCUCAUGACCCCCGCGGAGUUCGACCGCUACUGCGCGACCAUGCGCGACACCGGUGCCUGGGGCGGCGAACCAGAGAUCCUCGCGCUCAGCAGCGCGUUCAACGUGCCAAUACAUGUCAUCCAGUGCGGCCAGCCCCCAAUUGUGAUCCAUCAGCCACAGGGCUCGACGGAGAAUAGCAGCGUCUCGGACAAGAACGUCGUGCACAUCAGCUAUCAUCGCAGGAUGUACGGCUUGGGCGAGCAUUACAACUCGCUUCGGCCGAAAUUUAGCUUCAAAGGGACAGUCAAAUCCGUCUUCAAGCCCAACUCAUAA